CGCAUCGAAUUAAAAUCAAGUCUUCCCAUGUUGUCAAGUGCAAUACUAUUUCCGAGUUGAGCAUACGCUCCCAUAAGUACAUUUCAUUAAUUCAUGCGACUUCAUAAAUUAUUUUAAUAUUUGCAUGGAACCACCGCCACAAUAACUAAUUUUCAAAGUCUACGUUCUAUUAGAGACUCUAAAGUUGUAAGAUCAUAAUGGACUCAACAAAAACUGUUAAACACCAACACAAAGUACCAUCUUCCAUGACCGUCAUAACUGAUCUGAACGACGAUUGUUUAAUGGAGAUAUUCAGUACAUUAUCAAUGAAAGAGCUUGCUUAUGUUGCUGAAGCUAAUAUUUCCCUAGUCUCUGCCGCUCAAGGUACAUUUCAACGAAAUUUUGGCAAGGUAGUGGUCGAAGUAUCGAAUGAAUUUGACCCGAAAAGCGAAAGCACAUCAUUGUCAAUGAAACUACUUAAACAUUUCGGUGGACAGAUCAAGAAACUGAAAGUGGUUUUUUACAAGAAGUACAGCCGAUUUAACGACAUCCUGGAAGAUAUAAUUCUCGACCGGUGUAAAGGAAUUUUGGUAGAAAUUGAAAUCGUUGACGGAGACGAAUUGCUGUUUCAUAAAAUUGACGAACCCUUCCAAGAACUGAUAAAGCUCAGAUUCGUCCGGAGUAACAUUCCUGACGUGUUCCUUCAUUUUGAAAGUUGGUUUCCAAAGGUUAAGGCGCUGGAAUUAAAAGAAGUAAAAAUUGACGGGCCGAACGCUGACGAAAAUGCUGCGCAAAAAGACUACAAGAAAACGGACUCUCGAAACGCUACUGCUGAUGUCGGUAGUAACACCGAUAGUGAUGGUGAAAGUGAAUCUGAAAGUUAUGCUGGAAGUGAUCGUAACAAUGAUGCUGAGAUUCACUCUCAAAGUGAUGCUGGGAGUCACCCUGGAAGUGAUCCUGACUAUGAUGCUGGAAGUUCUUCUUUUUCUGAAACUGAUCACGAUUAUACCGCUUCGAAUGACUCUGAAAUUGGCAAUUGUUUUACGGAGAAGCCAUUGUUGGCCCUUUUUAAACAUUAUCCGACCAUUGAACACUUCGCCGUCUCCAACAUCCCAAUGGCAUACAAUAGAGAAAACCGCGUACGAAAUCGUGACAUCAUGGCAUUUAUUGAACUGAACCCUCAACUGAAAAGCCUUUUCAUCGAAAGUGAUGACAUUGAUCAUGAGUCCGAAGAUUUGUGGUCGAAAGUAGGCUAUAGAAACUGGACAUACGACGGUAUUCAAAUCGAAUACGAAUUGGUGGACUGCAUUCUACAGAACCUGACAAGUUUGGAAAAUUUCCAUUUAGUGUGGAAAACUGGUGUGAUGAGUAGUGGAGACUUUCAAAUCUACAUCGAAAAACUGACUACGUUAACCAUUGAAUAUGAUAUUGUAAACGGUGAUUGUUGUGUGAUCACCGACAAUUUGGAUGUUUUGAACAUUGUUGAAAGAUCUGAUUCGCGCAGUUAUUGUGCGGAUAUACUGAAAGACAAUCGCAGCGCAAAAAGUGUCACCAUAUCUGGUAUCAACUGGAAGAAUAAUAAUGCAAAGUUUGCAUUAAAAGCGAUCACAAAGAUGCAAAAUUUGAAGGAUUUACAACUCUCUUGCAGAACUCUUAAAAAGCAACAAAUUAUCAGUUUGUUGAAGAGUUGCAAGUCUCUCUCUAAACUGGUCCUCGACUUUGAUCGAGAUUUAUCCCUAUAUGAGGCAUCGUCGAAAGAAUUCUACACCGACGGUGAAUUCAGCGAGAUGGGAUGGACAAUUUCAUCCAACGAGAAUAUUCAGCUUGAGAUGACACGUGUCACAACAACGUAAAUUCAAUUUUAUAAUCAAAAAUUUUGGAAAGAAAUAAAAGCCAAAGCGCCGCGGGUAGAUGAAUUUUAUUAUUUUAAGCACAUCAGUUCAUCAGGUUAUUGUAAAUCU